AUGGAUGUUCCUCCUGAGUGCACGUUGAUCACUCAAUCUCAUCUUCACCAACCACUGACACCUACUCGGUCGCCGCUAAAAUCGACCGCCAUGAACAAUAUUACUCCUUCGAGAGCAAAAUUGUCAAGCAGUCCUUCAAAAACCAGAACUGAGAGCCCCACGAGGCCCAAUGAAAUAAUACACAAACAAUAUCUGGAAUUGGCCACAAAGUUGGCCAAUGUCAGCAGAGACUACUCCCAUUUAGAAGAGGAGCUAAACAAGAAGUCCCAACUUGUCCAAGAACUAUCCAUUAAGAUUUCUGAUUCCGAAAGGAUCAUCCGCUCUCUUGAGGAACAACGUCACAAAAACAAUGAACUAUUUGAAAGAGAAAUAAAAUUUUACAAAGAAUCUAUGGAAGAACUUCAACGCAGAAAUCACCGCAUUUCUCAGAAGUUAGAAGUGGGUCAAAUCCACUCCCAAGCGGUGUCAUCAGAAGCGGAGGAAAAGUUGGGUAAGUUGAUGAGAAGUUACAAAGUGCUCGAGAGUAACUUAGAACUUGAACAAAACUCAAGAGCCCUCUUAAUGGAUCAGAUUGAAUACUUAACCAAAGAGAGGGACUUUCUUUUGGAGAGUGCAAACACUCAAGAUCUCAGUGAAGGUGAAAGUCAAAGCUUCAUCCAUCACAACCCCUACGAGGGACAGAAUUCGGACUCUGAAUCCGAUGGCAGUGUUCACGGCACCCGUCUUCUAGAUUCAUUGGUAGAGGAGAUGGAGAACCACGAGGUCGAAACGUCGUCGCCCAUCAAAUAUCCAUUCUCAGACCACUCGCUCGAUGUGUCUCAGAAUUUCCAAUUUCCGCCAACUAAUAUCCCCCCCUUGUCUCAUGACAUUAAUGCAUCUCCGCCUCUUGCGGAUCCAUCUAUCCAACUCAACAAACGACAAUCACUCCCUGUGAAAUUGCAGUCUCUUAAUAGUCCUACGAUCGAAGAGGAAGAGUUUGUAUUGUCCCCUUUGAAGUUGGCAAACACUAGUAACUCGAUGGUUGACAUGCUCCCAACACCUAACUCGGCCACUGUGACGAAGAAGAGGUACUCGAGCUCAAAACCUAAUCAUUCCCGUUAUAAUUCGCAUGAUAUCAUCCCCAUCAAGGUUGAAUUUGAGCUGCUAGAUCAUCAACUUCGAAGUGCAUCAUCUCCUGACAAGGAUUAUUUACGCCAUCUUCGUACUGUCGACGAAGCUCAAGAUUUGGAGGGCGAUAGAGAACAGGCAUUCAUGAAGCUUAAUGGGUACAGUGAUAACUCUUCUAAGCGCAAUUCUGUCAUCACUUCUUCUUCCAAGCGCUCAAGUUUGAUGACUGAUUUCAACAUCCUGGGCAAUGACGUUACCAAGCAAGAGAUCAUGAAGCUCAAGUUCGAAUUGCAAUCAUUAAAGCUACACAACGAGAAACUUUUAUCAUAUAUCGGGUUCGAGUUGCAAAAGCAGAAAAAGAACAUCAAGAAGCUCUCUAGCAAGCAAAAUCUCAGAGGUAACAUUGAGUAUUCAGACGCAAAACUCAUUGAGAAACUGAGAAAUGUGUUAAUUCACAAAAAGAGAGUACUACGGUCAGUUUCGAUCAAUCCGAUUCUUUCGUCCAAGUACAAUCGAAAUUGUUCAAUCAUUCAACCUGGAGUUGGAAUUGGAUUUGAUCGACUGCCGGAAAACGAAGAAGAAGAGGACUUUGUGUUCAAUAGCCAUUUCAUCAACUCCAUUGAUGAUUGUGAUGACUACGGUUUUUUAAACCAUGAAAGUAAGUAUAAUCUGCGGGUGCUUUCGAGAAAGAAUCAGGUAUAUCUUAACGAGGAGGACACUCGAACUCCCAAGAAGUUCAAAUCGCAGACCUUCCGGCCCAUGAACGUCGAGGAGGUGUCAUUUAUUGAUGAUGACGAUGAAGAGAAUAGCUCCAUGCUCGUUGAAGAAGAGGAGUAUGAGUCGGAAAAUAGCUCGGGAAGCGAGAUUGAUUACAACAAGCUCAACACCUUCAAUCAGAUGCGUUACCUCAUAUUUGGGAAGCAGCACUUAGUCAAACGAUCUAAGGGUGCAGAGUCACUUGUGGACGAGAACCUCAAGUACAAGUUCCUCACCAUUGUGAUCGGUAUUGUCAUCGUGGGCAUCAAAUUCACCAGUCACCCACAACAGCAUUUAUCGCAUAACUAG